UGCUCGGCUCUAAAAAAUUAUAUAAUCUUCGUCGUGUUCUUAGAUUCUUCUGUUACUAUUAAUUUUUUUCUUCUCUGAAAUAUUUGAUUCUCCUUCUCCUAAUUCCUCAUAGCAUCUCUUUUCCAUCUUCCAUUUGUCAAAUCCAAAUCUCCCUUUUCUCUCAAACCUCAAUCUCCUUCUUUUAUGGAGAACGAAGCCACCACUAACGCCACCAAACUUGGUUUUGAUGGAGUCAAGCCACCGCCCACCACUGCCACCACUGCCACCACCGCCACCACCGCCCCCUCCGACCUUGAACAUAACCCUAAUUCCAAUUCAUCGCCAUCGUCUGCAGACCCCCACAAUGAGACUACUGGAUCCGACUCCACUUCUCGCCAAUCCGCUAGAACUCCCUUCACUAACCUCAACCAGGUCGAUGCUGACCUUGCCCUCGCACGUACCCUUCAAGAACAGGAAAGGGCAUACCUGAGGCUUAGAAUGGUGAGUAUGGGGAUUGAUUUUGGAAGUUGGGAAGGUGGAAGUUAUGCAUUAGAUGACGAGGACAGUUUUGGUGAUUUGCACGAUCAUACAGAAUCUGAUGGAGAUGAGGAGGAGGAGGAGGAGUUUGAUGGAACAGAUGUCAAUGACGACGACGAUGUGUUUGAUGUGCAUGCUCGUGAAGAUGGUGGAGAGCAUAGCAACCCCAGCUUUGAACUUGAUCCUGGUAAUUUUUCGAGUGACGAGGCUUAUGCUAGAGCCUUACAAGAUUCUGAAGACAGGGAAAUGGCUGCUAGAUUGAUGGCCCUUGCUGGAUUACAUGAUGAGGAAGCAGAUGACACAGAUGAUCAAGGCGAAAAUUCUCAGGAUACGUGGGAGGAUGUUGACCCAGAUGAACUGUCAUACGAGGAGUUGCUCGCAUUGGGUGAAGUGGUAGGAACUGAGAGCAGAGGGCUAUCUGCUGAUACAAUUGCUUCCUUACCCUCCAUAAACUUCAAGGCAGGGAGCGGUCAGACUGGAAGCAAUGAUUCAUGUGUCAUUUGUCGGUUGGAUUUCGAGGACGAUGAAACCCUGACUGUUCUUUCCUGCAAACACUCCUACCAUUCGGAGUGCAUAAAUAAUUGGUUAAAAAUAAAUAAGGUCUGCCCUGUUUGCAGUGCUGAAGUGUGUUCUACAGCUGGUGGGAGCAGUUAAGUUAGUUGUAGCAUGUGCUAUGGAAUGUACCAAAAUCAACAUCUCACGAAGUUAAACGACGAAGGAUUUUAAUUUUUGUUUUGUUUCUUUUAUAAUGAUUUUGCAUACCCAUUUCAGUUCAA